CUGAAACACCCCUCGUCGGCGACCGUUCGUCCGAAUGUGUCAAAUGUAGGAUUCUACUAUAAGACUUUUCGCGUAAAUUUGUCACACAUAAACCAGCAAGCUGGCGUCGAAAAUGUCCGGACAGAGUAUAAUGGACCGGGUCCAGGCCGCUAAGUACAGCAUAGCGGGCCAGGGCCUGGCCAAGUCGGUCUGUAAAGCUACCACGGAGGAAAUCAUGGGCCCUAAGAAGAAGCACAUUGAUUACUUACUGCAGUGCACUAACGAGCCAAAUGUGUCAAUCCCACAGCUGGCUGACCUGCUCAUAGAGAGAACACAACACAGCAACUGGGUGGUUGUCUUCAAGUCUCUAAUCACCAUCAACACACUAAUGAACUAUGGCAAUGAGAGAUUUACACAGUAUUUGGCUUCAAAUAAUUGCUCCUUCAACCUCAGUAAUUUCUGGGACAAGGCUGGUGUCCAAGGGUAUGAUAUGUCAACAUUUAUCAGACGAUAUGCCAAAUACUUGAAUGAGAAGGCCGUUUCCUACAGAUUGAUGGCAUUUGAUUUCUGCAAGGUCAAACGGGGGAAGGAUGAUGGUCUCUUGAGAACUAUGAACACAGAGAAGCUGCUGAAGGCUUUACCAGUACUACAGAGUCAGUUGGAUGCUUUGUUACAGUUUGAUUGCACUCCUAAUGAGCUAACCAAUGGUGUGAUCAAUGCCUGCUUCAUGCUCCUCUUCAAAGACCUCAUUCGAUUGUUUGCCUGUUAUAAUGAUGGGAUUAUAAAUUUACUUGAAAAAUAUUUUGAUAUGAACAAAAAACAGUGCAAAGAUGGGCUGGACAUAUACAAGCGUUUCCUAGUCAGAAUGGAGAAAGUCUCAGAGUUCCUGAAAGUGGCAGAGAACGUUGGUAUUGACAAGGGUGAUAUUCCAGAUCUAGCCAAAGGCCUGGAUCGCCAGUCUAAAGGCGCUCCCUCCAGUCUUCUUGAAGCUCUAGAACAGCAUCUUGCAGCCCUGGAAGGCAAGAAAGGGGCCACAACUCCUGUGGGCUCAAAACCUGUUGGGUUCACAUCAGCCAUUAACUCUAUAUCAGCCAAUAGCAGCUUUUCUGUAUCAGAUGAAGAAAAGAAAAGAAUUAUUGAUGAAGAAAAUCAAAGGUUACAACAACUGAAAAAUCUAGUACAGACAGCAGAAGAAGCUACUGAUCUCAUCGGGACUGAUCCCUUUCAAGAGGAGCAGAGAGUCAAAGAAAUGAAGUCAUCACCAACCUCUCCUCAGAACCAAGCCAAUGCCCCACCAUCGUCGAUGGGCACGAACCCAUUCACAGGGCCCCCUCAGUCACAGCCCAGCCUCGAUCUCCUGGGCAGCCCUGUUGGCAAUGCGGCGCCCCUCAGCUCAACAACCCCCAACUCCAACAUGCCCAGCGAUGACCUCCUUAGCCUCAACACUAACCCAUUCCAGCAGACUGUACAAAAUGCCAUGAAUUCCACACAAAAUAGCUAUGGGGGCUCGCCGUUUGGAGUCACAAAUGGAAUGUCAUCAAAUAAUACAGCUUCCUCCAAUUCCCCCUUUGCCUCAGAAGAGACUUUCGCGUCAGCUUUUAAUUCCCAACCAUCAGCCCAAGGACUGUAUUAUUCCAACAAUAAGCCACCCGUGACAGUGGGUGGUGUCCCUGCUGGGCUCACACAGAUGCCCCCAUCAGUACCUCUGCAGUCAGCAGCACUCUCUAUGACUGUCCCUCUUUCUCCAGCUGGCCCUAGUCCAAGCACAGGUUUUGAUGCGUUUGGUGAAGUGAUGGCACCAACAAUAAAUGCACAAAAAGCUAAAAACGACAAACAGGCCAAACUAAUCCAGGGAGAUCUAGAGAGCAGUCUUGCUCAGCUGGCUGGAAACCUCAACAUAAAACAUCAGGAUCAGAUUAAAAAGCCAGAACACCAGUGGCAGCCAAAAGGAGAGAUGAAGCUAACAGGGGGGAAUAACUGGCAGGCACCACCUAUAGGAAAUCAGACCACAUGGCAAACUCAACAACAGCAAUUUUCUCAGCAGCCAGCUAUGGGACCAAGGAUGGGCUACCAAGCCACAGCUCCAGUGGGUAUGGGACAGCCAUAUAUGGGCCAGCAGAGACCCAUGGGCAUGGCCCACGGCAUGGGAAUGUAUGGGCAGCCGAUAGCCCAACAACCCAUGGGCUUUCAACAGCCUCGUCAACAAGCCCCACAGUCAAACGAUCCCUUUGGGGCUUUGUGAGAUUCAACCAAGGGGAAAUAUCCUCUAGCCAUAAUGAGAAGGGGAGAGAACUAUGUACAAAGGAAAAGGCCCUUUCGACAAUUUCACUGUAUAUAUCACGGCAUGGCACUCAGUCAGUUGUGGGCGGAGUUCUUUGCCCUUUGACUUAGUAAUUACUCUUCACUUCGAGAUGUAUAGAUUAUCCUGGGUGAAUAUACUUGAUGACAGUGAGUUACAAUUCAAAGAGCCAUAAAUUGAACAUAUUUAAAAUCAAGGCUCUAAAUAUUAGAGAAUUUAUGUGAAUAUUUCAUGUUAUUUUUAUUUUUUGUGCAAGUUAAUUCUUGUCUGAAUUUUGUUCUUUGUACAAUCUGCAUGUAUUAUAUUAUAUUACUGUAUUCCUGAACAUUUUUUUGUUUUUAUGUAUACAUCAAACUUGUUUUAUGUAAAGAGACCAUAGCUUGGACAAAUAUAACUGGGAAUACCUUGGUACCGGUAUAUUAAAUUUGGGUUCUUCACCUUAAUCCCUAUCAGGGGUACACUAUCAGAAUGUUCUGUUCUAAAUAGAUUUUUUCCCCAGACCUCCUUUUCCUAAAUGAGGAGUCGCUCUACAGCUUCCGUAUUUUAUAGGGUAUAAGAUGGAAUAAAAAUAGAAUAACACUUAAGUCCGAUUUUUGCAAACUUUCUCCUAUUUCCUACCAAUAUUUGCAUGUGAUCUGUGUAAAAUUAAUUUGGAGACAUUGGUCACUUUAUGAAGUCUAGGUGGAAUUGACUUUGACUUUCAAAAAGACAUUCCAGUUUGAGACUUAGGCACUUCAUUCAUUUCAAUACUCAGAUAGCUCCAUGUUCUGUGUUCACUUUUCCCCCAUGUGUACGUAGCUCAUCAUGUCAGGCCUGAUGUAUGGAUUGGAUGAAUAUUAAACCUGGAUAAAUUGUCUUAAUGCCUUCUUGACCCUUUGUACAUGAAUGUUCCAGUUUCAGACUCUUGUCUUUGAACUACCUAGUUGGGGAGAUAAUAUAAACUGCACAGUGUUAAUUUUAGACUAGCAUCUUGGAUAAAUUGACACAUCAUGUUCAAUAUUCAUUACAUGUAAAUUCCGGUUUAUGUGGCUGUGGAUUGGUCAGGUAUAUUCCUGAAUGAGUAGAUUUAUCCGAGUGAGUGUUGGUGAUUUACCAUUCUAGAUUGUUGCUCACAUAGAAGUACAUAUCAUGGAGGAGUGUCUGUUAAUCCACCAACGUGGUGGUGGUGGUGAGCUAAGGGUGGCCAUAGGAUUUGCACUAGAUCGAAAAUGUGUAGGAUUCUGGUGGAGUUUUAUUCCACCUGUUCGUUUAGAUGUAUCCACUGGAAUGCUCAGGCAUACUGCACAUUUGAAGGAUAACAUCAGAUGAAUUAAUUCAUAGCCAAGAGGUGUUUGUCACUGUUAUGACAUGUCUUUGUCCCACUUCUGACACCAGUCUGUUAGUGUGAACCUGGUAGGUGACGAUCAGUAGAAUUGUGACAGCCAAGAGGUGUUUGUCACUGUUAUGACAUGUCCGUGUCCCACUUCUGACACCAGUCCGUUAGUGUGAACCUGGUAGGUGACGAUCAGUAGAAUUGUGACAGCCAAGAGGCGUUGUCACUGUUAUGACAUGUCCUUGUCCCACUUCUGACACCAGUCCGUUAGUGUGAACCUCAUGAGGAUCAGUAGAAUUGUGAUAUUACCUUGAACAAUUGUCAUCUGGUUUUUCAGAUAUUUGUGAACAGUGGUUACAAAUUAACGUUAGAUUUAAAGGUCUAAGACGUUUAUACCUAUGAUGAUAAGUAGAAAAAGCUCACAGUUUAAGAGCAGUUCUAGGGUAUUGGAUUUCUCGUACACAGCUAUAACCUCUGUUUGAUCAAGAAUUGAUCCAAGUAUUACAGUGGAUGUAGAAGUCUUCAGUGUAUUUAAUCUGGGCGCUAUCGAGUCACAUGCCCAACCAUGUAUGUACAUAUGUACCAAGAGAAAAAUUAGCUAAAUGUCCUGUAAAGUUUACACCUGCUAAUGUACUACGUUUUCACCGUUGUUGUUGUUGUUGUUAAAAAUUACACAGCCAUUACAAGUAGUUUGCAUCGCAGCAGUUUUUGACCUGUACUUUGGUGUGUUAGGACAGAGGGCUCCUCAUGUAAGUACUAGCAUCUCUUGUGUCAUUAUUAUCGUAAAUAACAUCUUUAUUGAAAGUAAAAUGGGCACCCUCCUUUCCUGGCAUGCAAGUCUGUUAUAAGACGAUACAUAUCAGCAGAACGUACCAUCAGAUGAUGUUGCUUUGCCUUAUGCUUGUUUCUGUUUUAUCAUAAGCUUCAAAGCACCUUAAACUUCAGUUCCACUUAGCAUUGAUGUGAAAUUACAAGUUUAGUAGUUCUGCUAGUUAUUUAAAUUUUUUUUUUUUUUUUUUAGGUAUCAUAGUCUUAGUGUGUUCUUCAAUCAGAUGUGAUAAAAAGUGAUAUUAAGUAACGUUAACUGGUUUGAAGAAAGAUUUUCAUCAAUAUUGCUGGUCCAAACAAAAAAACCUCCCGAAAUUAACCAAAUAAUUGCCUAUAUUUAUUGUCUUAACAUAGUUACACACCUUGUUCACCUAUUCCUCUUUGUGUUCUUUCACAAAUCUUUGAAAUUCAGUUUGCUGGUAACUUUUUUCUGUAAAUGAGUUGUUUUGUCCAAAUGAAAUUCAGUUUGCUUGUAACUUUUUUCUGUAAACGACGUUGCAUUAGCAUGCCAUAAAAUGACAUGAUCUCCAUGAAGUCCUGUAAACUGGAUAUACAGGGUUUUGUGAAGCUCUGUAUUCUCUCUAUUUUCUGUCUUAAAACUAAAAAAAAAGGACUUUAGUGGCUUAACAAUCAAAUAAUUCAUAAAAAAGAUUAUAAGCUGAACUGGGUUUUCAUAUAGGCCACACAUAUGCAAUAUUUGAGAAGUCAUUACAAAAGGCCAAAUUGUAACAUUACCAGUAGCUGAAUUGUUGAGAAAUUAAACAGCUGACACAGUUUAAGUGCGCAGCUAAUGCCUCUAGAUCCGUAUGACUUCCAGGUCUUUUUAAUUUAUGCCAGUGUGGAAUAAAUGUGGUUUAAUUCGAUGUACACACUGGAGGUGGAUGUAAGUGCUUUUCCAUUUUUUUCUUCUUUUGACUCUUUGGGGAGAAUACAAUUGUUACAUAGUUUAACAGAUCGAAGUUCAUACUUACGUGUACCUUACUCUGUGUAACUUACCACAUUUCAAAAUGUAACUAAGUUACCCAUUAACUAUGUCUUGCUGUUUCUUUAGGUUAGUCACAUUAUCAGCUGAAGCUCCUAGUCUUCUUGUUCAUUCUCUUUACAGGACUAUUCCCCCCUUCAUCCUCAUCUCACUGUUAUUAUUAUGAAAAGGGGAGGUAAUUAUGUCUGCAAAAGCAAUAAUUUGGCUUUAAAAGAGUAGGCGUCUAUGUGUAUGUGAGACUGGUUGUUAGUGUUACAUCUACUGUUCUACGCAUUAGCCAUGUCUUUUGUUUACAUAGAAGUACGGAGAUCAGCUGUGAGACCCCGUCAUAUAGCUGUCUUGAGGUAAUACAGCAGGAGUCCACAGAACUCUCACCUAGGGUAGCAUCAGAAUGCCCUUUUAUAGCCAUCGUUAUUUCACACUAUGAUACAGAAAUAAACCAUGGGUGUACAUCA